AUGACUACUUCUGUUGAAAACCUUUCAACAAAGCUUGAAUCCUUAAAUUUGCAGACCCCUCCUGUGAUCGAGGGGUCUUUCCCGCAAUACAACACCGUUGACCUUUGCAGAAACUACAUUGCCGACCAACUUUCGCAGUUGGCCAACGUGGACCGCUCGAUUGCUUAUCAGAGCUUGGAAUGGUCUCUUGUGCUUGAUAAUGGAGAUCUUAUUGUUCCGCUGCCACGUUUGAGAUUGAAGGGCGAUUUGGUCGCCUUGGCCAAAGAGCUUGCUGACAAGUUCCCUCUUGGCGGUUACUUGAAAAGAGUGCAUCCUGAGGGCAAGUUCUUGCAAUUCUUCUUCAACCCAGACUUUUUAUUGAAAUAUGUCACCAAAGAUGUUCUUGAGCGCAAACAAGACUUUGGAUCGUGUCCUUUGGGAGCAGGUAAGAACGUUGUUAUUGAGUUUUCUUCUCCAAACAUCGCCAAGCCUUUCCAUGCUGGCCAUUUGAGAUCCACCAUCAUUGGUGGUUUCUUGUCAAACCUUUACGAGAAUCUUGGCUGGGAUGUCACCAGAAUCAACUAUCUUGGAGACUGGGGAAAGCAGUUUGGUUUGCUCGCUGUUGGUUUCGAGAAGUACGGUUCUGAGGCCGAGCUCGAGGCCAACCCAAUUCAACAUCUGUUUGACGUCUAUGUGAAAAUUAACAAGGACGUGAAAGAUGAGGAAGAAGCCGCAGAGAAAGCCGGUGUUUCCGUGGAUCAGGUGAACUCUGUCGACGGUCAGGCCCGUGCGUUCUUCAAGAAGAUGGAGAACGGUGACAAGGCCGCUCUUGCGCUGUGGCAGAAGUUCCGUGCUUUGUCCAUUGAAAGAUACAUCGACACCUACGCCCGUUUGAACAUCAAGUACGACAACUACUCGGGAGAAUCGCAAGUGACCCAGGAGCAAAUGAACGAGGUGCUGGACAUUUUGCACGAGAAGAAGCUGGUGAUAGAGGACAGAGGAGCGCUUUUGAUCGACUUCAAGCAGCUGGGUGAGAAGAAGCUCGGCAAGGUUCUGGUUCAGAAGAGCGACGGUACCUCUUUGUACAUCACGCGUGAUCUGGGAGCAGCCAUUGAGCGGAAGAAGAAGUACCAGUUCGACAAGAUGAUCUAUGUGAUUGCAUCGCAGCAGGACUUGCACGUGAAGCAGUUUUUCCGGAUUCUGGAGAAGAUGGGCAACACAUGGGCCAAGGACGAGCUUGUGCACGUUAACUUCGGUCUUGUGCUUGGUAUGAGUACCAGAAAGGGAACUGUCGUGUUCCUGGACGAUAUUUUAGAAACUGUCAAAAGUGCAACGUUGGAAAUUAUGCAGAAAAAUGCAGAGAAAUUCACCUUAGUGGAAGAUCCUGAAGCUGUUGCCGAUCUUGUUGGUAUUUCUGCCGUUAUGAUCCAGGACAUGCAGGGCAAAAGAAACAACAAUUACGAGUUCAGCUGGGAUAGAAUGCUGUCUACAGAAGGAGAUACCGGACCUUACUUACAAUAUGCACACUCUAGACUAAGAUCUAUUGAGAGAAAUUGCAAUGUCGCAUACGCGAAUCUUUUAGGCGCGGAUCUUUCGAUCGAAAACGUUGUCGGAGUUGAGGAGACGAUCAAGGAGCAAGGUUUGGAGCCUGCCGAGGAGGCCAAGAAGCUGGCCAUGUUGGCCAACCAGCGCGAGAAAGUGGAGUCGUUGGUGCGUAUUUUGGCCUCUUAUCCCGACGUUUUGCGCCUGGCCUCCAAGAACCACGAGCCAUCCACCGUGGUGACAUAUUUGUUCAAGCUGACGCACCAAUUCUCGUCUACAUACAAAAUUCUACGGGUCAUGGGAGAGCCGCAGAGCGUUUUGGAAGCUCGGCUGGCGCUUUUCAGUGCCGUCAGACAGGUCCUGAACAAUGGCCUGAGAGUGUUGGGCAUCACUCCAGUGGACAGAAUGUAUGUGACCGAUGCCCUUUCGGCUUUCAAAAAGGGCGAGUUUUUGGUUGUCAUGGAUGAUGAGGACCGUGAGAACGAGGGCGACUUGAUUAUUGCCGCCGAGCACGUCACUCAGGAGAAGAUGGCCUUUCUGGUGAAACAUUCUUCUGGAUAUGUUUGUGUGCCAUUGCGCAGCGAUCGGGUUGAACAGCUCGAUCUCAAGCCGAUGGUGGUCAACAACACCGACAGAAACGGCACUGCGUACACGAUCACCGUGGACUUUGCCGAGGGAACUACCACGGGCAUCAGUGCCCAUGAUCGAGCCCUGACUGUGCGGGAGCUGUCCAACCCAGACAGAAAGGCGUCCGACUUCCUACGUCCGGGCCACAUUUGUCCCCUACGUGCCAAGGAGGGUCUACUGAGAGCAAGAGUGGGCCACACCGAAGCCGCGGUCCAGCUAUGUGAGCUGACCGGGUUGCAACCAGCAGCAGCUAUCUGCGAGCUGGUCAACGCUGACGACGGACUGAUGAUGAGACUGCCCCAAUGUGACGAAUUAUUUGGUACUCGUAACAAUGUGCCCAAGGCGACGCUGGGGGACGCUUUGAACAACAUCGACGAGCGCACGGCGUCGCUGGACGUGAAGAUUUCGAAACUGAACACGGAACUGGCCACUUAUCAGCAGAAAAUUGCCAAGAUGCGCGACGGCCCAGGCAAGACAGCCGUCAAGCAACGGGCUCUCAAGGUGCUGAAACAGCGCAAACAGUUGGAAGCACAGAAGGACCAGCUGGACUCGCAGAGCUGGAACAUCUCGCAGGCCCAGAUGACCACCGAGAACCUGAAAAACACAAUGAUCACCGUGGACGCCCUCAAGACCAGCAACAAGGAGCUUAAGAGAGCGUACGGCAAGAUCGAUAUCGACAAGAUCGAGGCGCUACAGGACGAGAUGCUGGACCUGAUUGGCGAGAGCAACGAAUUGCAGGACUCGCUGGCCCGCAGCUACGACGUGCCGGACGAUGUUUCCGAGAGCGAACUGGACGCAGAGCUGGAGGCCCUGGGCGACGAGAUUGGCGAAGAAGAAGCACCAACGUACCUGGAUAUGCCAACCUUUGUUGACGAGCCGGUGGAGCCUGUCAGGGAAGAGGCCCGCGAAGAGGAGCUGGUCCAAUGA